AUGCGCCCUCCACCUUAUGAAGGCUCUGAAGCAGCCGACUUCUACAAUAUUCCAUUGGAAAAACCAGCUCCAAUGCCUGCUGCUCCUCCGAACGAACCAGUAGUAGAAAUAUCUCGCCACUGUGUCAACAUGGGUGUCGUGAAAGCGAGGGAAAUACGCGCGAAGUGGCUAAGACACACCGUAGUUUUCAUUGGAUUCUUUACUCUGGUCGGCCUAAUCGGAAUUCUGGCAUACAGUACUCACAAUAGCUCAGAACCUCAGUCCAGUAAUGGAACCAGUGAACUCAGCACUGGCCUGCCAGAAACGUUGAACUCCGCACCGGUUUUGAGUCGCAGAUCAGGCCAAGCGUGCUGGGAUAACCUCCUCUCGAUCUGUGCGAUUGAUUCCCACGUUCCCACCGACCGUACCAGCAACGGUUUCGGAGACUGUGCAGUCACAUACCGGUACUUCUACUGUGGUCUAACCAUGGUUCACCCCAGUAGUGAAGAUUUGAACGGAGCAGCAGUAUCAGACAAAGAUCCGGUCAAUCUAGUCUCUGUCAAACCAUCCAUUCUUGGACGGGCAUCCAACAGAGCAAGAACACGCGCUGCGGUUGAUCUUUUGGCUUGUCACAAUAUGCUGGACUUUUGCAUUGAGAGUCAGAUGCAAGCUGCUCAGUCUGCGCCUCGCAUCAGGCCCAGGCUACCGGAGGAGAUAUUGCAGCAUCUGAGGGUACGAUCAAAGAGACGGCAACGGCAGCUGGAGCUGAUGCUACUGUGA